ACAACACUUCGUGUAUCGACAUAUCCAUCAUCUGAUGACCCUAUUUAUGGCUUUUCAUUAAUCAGUUCUCUCGAGAAUCUGGAAAUUCUUGAGAAUUCCUCCAAUUUUGUAGACAUUAGCGACGAAACUCUUCUGGCGAUUGUCUCGAAGUGCCAUAAACUUCGGGAACUACUGCUCGCGCUUAACACUCGCGUCACCGAUCAGUCAAUCGCUCAAAUCCCACAACAUUUGCCACAAUUAAGCAAACUAUGCAUUACUGACACUAAAAUAUCGGACUACUCUCUGGCAAUACUAUCGGAAUUGAAAUCAUUAGUCUAUUUAGACAUAAGCGGUUCCAGUGGUGUGACCGACGCGGGCGUCGAGUCAAUGGUCGACGGCUGCCGUACGCUUGAGUUCAUGCAAUUGAAUCGAUGCGAAGCCGUCACCGCCGAAGCGCUCAGAUUCUGUGUCAAAACCAUUACCGAUAGCGAAGAUAGGGAUCUAUUCGCGGAUCUCGCGUUUAAGUUAAUACUAGCGGCGGAUGUGAUCUCAAAUGGAUAUGUGUCGCGACAGAGCAAAGACUUGAACCAAAACGGGCCGAUAGACAGCGGGUAA